AUGGCUAAUAUGGUUGAGGCAUUGUGCCAGUGCGGUAAAAUGGUUGAAGUUGCCACCAGAAGAGCAGAGGCCAAGGCGGACAAUGUCUGGAACCACCUGAGAACGUGCCCGAGUUUCACAGUGAGAACGUGCCCGAGUUUCACAGACGUAAUGAUGGCAAGGCUAAAUACCGGAACAAAGGUGCUUACUGCCGAAGCAGAAGAAAAAGUGUUUCAGCAAACAUUUGAAAAUAUGACAGGAGAAAAGCUCUUACAUUCAUAUGCUUGCUAUCUAUCAACUUCUCAUGGACCUGUGAUUGGGAUGUUGUACAUCUCCGAUAACGAAUAG